CUUCUCUCUUGUCUUCCCCCUUUUUUAACCUACCCGACCUCCUGACCAACAAGACUCACACACCACCACACCUCACAUCUUGAUAUCUACCUCUCCUCCCAUUCCAAUUCCAUUCCGGCCGCUUGAACAACCACGAGGGACUAGCAAUUGAACCCGCGCACCAAUCUUGCAAACAACCCGCGACACUUUUGGAACAGACCACGUUUGCCACUCGCAAUUCUCGCGCCGCGGCUUUUGUUGUUACUUUUACGUUGUCCGAGUUACGUUUAAUACUACGCGCCUCGGCACACAUUCCCACCCAUCGGCGCUACCCAGCCAAAAGUCAACGACCCGCCGCCAACCAACAACCCAACAAGCAAACCACGGCCUCGCCACACUGAAUAAAUAAUGUCUUCUCCAUACUACCACUUCACCGCCCACAGCCAACAACCCACGGCCGCCUCUGCCGGUCCCGUAUCCCACAGCCACCAUGGCCCGCGGAAUCGGAGGGCGCCCAGGCUGUCGGUAUCGCAGAAUUCCCAGAGGCAACAAUACCGCGGCUUCCGGAGCAUGAAGGAGCUGGCCGAGGCUGCGACACUGACUUCGUUCCGCACCAAGUACGAGGCCGGCCGGUCUUUCGAUCUCGAGGACGACAUGGAGUUCUGCCCAGCAUUGCUAACCGAGAGCGACCUUGUUUCCAUCCACAGCGCCUCGUCGGAGCGGUCGUCAUUGGCAAGCAACUCCCCAACUGGCUCGCCGACUCAGCAGCCGCAGCAAGUCGCAUCCAACUUCUCGCUCAACUCCUCUUCGCCCCCAUUCAUCCCGCCCACCUACCAGAGCCAGCACUCGGGCAACCUCAAGCUCCACCAGCCUGCCGCCGCCCGUGCCCGUAAUGCCAUCCCCAUCAUCAACCCCCUGACCGGCAUUACCAUGGCCAGCCCGCCGCCAUCUGUCUCGCCCGGCGCCCGCAUGCAGCACAGCAUGGGCCGUAGGUGGUAGACGAGUUUCUCAGGCCUGCUUCUGAUUGCUCCGUCGCCACCGCGGCCCUUGCAAGAUUGAAGUGGUCGCAAUGCCGUCUGCGAACGCACCUAAUCAGCUGGCUCAUCUUGGCGGUCGCCCGACUUGACGACAAACACAUCGGCAUCGAUUCUUUUCACCAUUCGCUUCCCCCCCUGGCUGGCGGGGCAUUGCUUGGGGUCGACUGGCUCUUUCGACACAUUCUUCGGCAGUCCACCGAGGCCAUGGUCUCGACCGGGCCGCCUUCUCGCUGUACAAACCUUUUCGACAUACCUUUUUCCCAGCGGAAAAUCUUUUAAACAUUUUCGACGUCGACCUGAUACGAAGAUAAUCGAUACCUCUGUUUGCGUUAUUUGCGAUAAAUACCACACCCGGUGCGGUAUCACCCGACCCCGGAAGAUGACGGCUUUUCUUUACGACACGGCGUUCCAAUGGUUCCAUUGCAUCUCUCGGCUUUUUUUAAUCUUGCUUGCAUCGGCGUCGGCACGGCGGGAGUUUUCGGUCUCGCUUGUUUUACAUCAUCUUUUCCCAACAUACAUAAGCGCGGCGAGUCACGCAUGAUAAAACGGCUUUUUUUCAUGGGUCUUAACGAGUUCACCAAAGAAAAAAAAGAAGAGUUCUUCUCUUUUUCUACGGCUAGAAGGGGGGUUUCUUUGUCCACGCGGCUGCGGGUUUUGGUUCUGCCUGUUCUUCUUUGAUAAGCGAGCCUCGUUGCGUUUCUUGGCUUUGCUUCGUGUGUUAAUUCUUCCGGGUUAUUUUCUCUACGGGACAACACUGGACAGGGUGGGCAGAGACUUUUUCUUGUUUGGCACGUCGUUGCACUUAUUAACCAAACUGGUCACACGGGGUGCCAGUUGGUGGUGGCGGAGUUGGUUUCGUUUUCCUUUUUACUGGCUUUGAGAUUCCCUGCAAAUAAGAUAACCUGAGGGGCAGACGGCGAUGUGUGGUUUUAUUUUUGGAACGCGAUGGUUGCGCUUCUUGUUUGGGACUUGGUACUUACUCUCUCAUCACUCUUUCUCUUUUCGCUCUGGGUUUCUCCAUCAUCUCUUUUUUUUUCGGCUGUACCAUUCGGGCGACUCUCCACGUAUCGUGGGAUACCCCUUUUGUUCAUCGGGUUUGGGCAAGCGAGCUGGGAGCAUUUAUUUGGCCAAGAGUCAUCUUGUGGACAAUGUCGGCUUCCGGGGCUCUUGUCUGUCCGCCACGACCAGAAGACUUGCUGGCGGCGUGUUUGCAAAGAUAUGAUGGUUCAUUUACGGAAUCGACUGAGCGAUGUAAUAUCGCCGCUUUUUCAACUUCACACAUUUUCGCUUCAGGCUGCGAUUUGGGCCCAUUGGACUACUUCUCUCCCGUUGAUGUUUUCGUGCUCG